UGUCGACAUAUUUGCAAGUCAGCAACCCCAGAUUGCGUUUUAUUCCUCGUUUCUUACGCCAGAUGAAACGGGCCAGGGGUAACGGACGCGAAGAGACGGAAAGAGCUAUAUCUAUCGUGUAUCGCAUUACCGGCUCGGUAUUUAGAAACAGGAUAAAUCGUUGCGAGGGAUUCACUUUCGAUCAAACGAAAGAAAAACGAUGGAGAAUCCUCUUGCUACUGGCGUUUCGUUCAACCAAACGGAAAACUUGAAUCGCUUCAUAUUCGGAUGGCUCGAUUACUCGCUCUUCUGCUUUUUGCUGUUUGUUAGCAUUCUCAUCGGCGUGUAUUUUGGCUUCUUUAGCAAGCAGAACAACCCAACGGAAUAUUUUCUAGGUGGUAAACGAAUGGGAUGUUUUCCUGUCGCGAUGAGCAUCGUAGCAAGUCAUAUCUCGGGUAUCACCUUGCUGGGCAUCCCCGCGGAAGUCUUUCGUCACGGGACUCAAUACGCCGCGUGCGUGAUAACGUCGAUUCUCACCGCCGUCAUCACCUCCUACGUCUUUCUGCCUGUGUUCUACAAGUUGCAGCUAACUAGCACCUUCGAAUAUCUGGAAGUCAGAUUCGCCAGAUCGGUCAGAAUCCUCUCCUCGGUGCUAUUCACCAUUUCGCUCUUCAUGUACCUGCCUAUCGUCAUCUACGUACCUGCCAUUGCUUUUGCACAAGUCAGCAACCUGAGUGUUCACGCGAUAACGCCGAUACUCUGUAUCGUGUGCAUCAUUUAUACCAGCAUUGGUGGUCUAAAGGCAGUAGUAUGGUCGGAUACCGUACAAUUUUCCAUAACCGUCGGCGGGCUUUUUACAGUUCUUAUACUGGGGAUACUGUCCGUCGGCAGCAUUGAGAAAGUGUGGAGGAUUUCCGGUGAAGGCGGCCGUCUCAUUUUCUUCGAUAUGAAUCCGAGCCCGUUGGCAAGAAACACUUUUUGGGGUAUGGCUAUAGGUAUGACGAUAACGUGGCUCGGACAUCUCGGUAUUCAUCCAGGCGCAGUGCAACGAUUUCUCUCAGUGCCUAGAGAAAUCGACGCUAAGUACAGCAUUGCGAUUACUGCAAUAGGAAUGAUAAUCGUCAAACUAAUUACCGUGUUCACCGGAUUAAUCAUGUUCGCCAAAUAUCACGAUUGUGAUCCUCUCCUGACCAAGUCGAUUAGCCGCACCGAUCAGACUCUACCGUAUUACGUAAUGGAUGUUGCUGGACAUUUGCCAGGACUUCCAGGAUUAUUUCUAGCGGGCCUGGUGAGCGCUGCGCUUGCGACUAUGAGCGCUAGCUUAAAUACCAUGUCCGGCACCAUUUACGAGGAUUUUAUAAAUCCGUUGAUCCCAGAUAGUCCCAGAAAGGAAGUUAUGGCCGCCAACAUUAUGAAGAGCAUCGUUGUGAUAACCGGCGCGAUUUCGGUUGGUCUGGUGUUUCUGGUCGAGCGCCUAGGGCCUGUCUUCCAAAUAGCUCUGAGUAUGCGUGGUGUGACCGACGGACCUUCCUUGGGCCUUUUCCUGCUAGGAAUAUUAGUACCCUGGGCUAACGCAAAAGGCGUAUUGUUUGGCGGUUGUUUCGGUCUGAUAGUCAUGCUUUGGCUGGUAGGAGGCACUCAAUGGCACACCAUACACGACAAAAUUAAAUACGAUUCGUUACCCACGUCGGUGGAUAGUUGCCCAUAUCCGUUGAACGAGACUCUUUCGACCGCGAUAACGCCUACUUGGAUGGACUCUGGCGAAGAGCCUAUGAUACUGUUUCAAAUAUCCUUCGUAUAUUAUACUUUGAUAGGAGCAAUGAUCGUUGUUGUCAUCGGCACUAUCGCGAGUUACGUUUUUGGCAUGGAUCUCGAGAACGUAGAUCCCGAUCAUAUUGCGCCGAUGAUGAAAAGAUUUCUCCCUUCUCGUGGGUAUGCUGAAGUUUCACUAAGAAAUGUGCUACCGCUUGAUAGCUUACGCCGGAAAAAAUCAAGUAAUCUUGAUUCGUAAUUAUUUAAAUCGAUGAGCAAGCUGGAAAGGAAUAGGAUCAACUCGAGGGAUAAUAAUUGAAUUGAAUAAAUAAUAAUUUUUUCAUUCCGGAAGUAUUUCCGCGCCGUAUCGCCAACGAUGUUUCCAAGUCGGAUCUGAUGGUUGGACACAAGGGGUGUCUCUUAUUGAUUAACAGACGCAUGCGCCAAUCAUCUUAGUGCCACACAUGCCAGAUCGCGGUUGUUUUUCGAUCUCUCAGUACCGUUUCCAGCGUCCGUUAUGAAACAUUGGCUGUUACAGUGUUCUUUUCGGAAACUUUCUGGGAAACGGGAAACAAAGAUCGAGUGCUAUGAGAAAUGUCUUUGAUCGUUUUUCAGUAGACCAAGAGGUCUCGUCACUGUUAAAUUUUGCUCGACAUUGAAAAAAAUACCCGAACAAUUGAUCAUUGUUUUUACAACAAAUGUUUCAGCUGUCGAAAGGAUCGGAAUCGAAGACAAUUAAAAGAUUAAUCGCGGAAAGCGAUAGUUACGCGAUACACAACGAUUUAAA